CCCAUGACUUACACCAGGGCCAGGUUGGGAACUGCUGGUUCGUGGCUGCCUGCUCCUCCCUGGCGUCCCGGGAGUCUCUGUGGCAGAAGAUUAUCGUGCACAGCAGCACCAUCGGUUCCUAAUCUGCAAACGAGGCGGGAGGGCACCCAGAAGAAGCCCCGGAGGGUGUUUUGCGUCACUGGGCUGGGUUGCCUAGCACCGCUGGGACCGUGGAGAGGGGGCACCAGCUCCGGGGGCUUGGUGGCUUUUUCCCCCCGCGUGUCCUGUUUGAGAGCCAAACGUUGCUGAGGACCUAGCAGAGGAGCAGCCGAGGCGAUGGCAGCUGAGGCAGGGAUGCUCGAGCUGCCCUUCGUCCACGAUGACCAGCUCACCCGGUGCAUGCGGCUGCGAUUCCAGAGCCUGCAGCAAAAAAACGUGAGGCCCCAGGAUGGCGAGAAGCUGCUGCAUCCCAACGAGCACGUCUACCGAGUGGAUUUCGUCCGGCAGCACAACCUGCGCUUCCUCCGCUGGGAUAUCCAGCUGGAGAGACCUGGAAAGGUUACGGUGACCGGCACCUCCCAGCACUGGACUCCUGAUCUCACCCACCUAAUGAACCGGCAGCUGCUGGAGCCGGUGGGCAUCUUCUGGAAGAAGCCAGGGGCCAAAGAGGUGGAGUGCAAUGAAGCAGAUGCCCAGGAAUUUGGGGAGCGGAUAGCAGAGUUAGCCCGGAUCCGCAAGGUCAUCCCAGACUGGAAGGAGCAGGAGUGGAAUCCCGAGAAACCUGAGAGCUACGUGGGCAUCUUCCACUUCCAGUUCUGGCGUUUUGGUCAGUGGCUGGACGUGGUGAUAGAUGACCGCCUGCCCACACUCCACAACCAGCUCAUCUACUGCCACUCCAACUCCAGGAACGAGUUCUGGUGCGCCUUGGUGGAGAAAGCUUAUGCCAAGUUGUCAGGCUGUUAUGAGGCCCUGGAUGGAGGCAACACAGCUGAUGCCCUGGUAGACUUUACUGGCGGGGUCUCUGAACCUAUCGACCUGACCGAAGGGGACUACAUUGCUGAUGAAGCCAAGCGAAACCUUCUCUUUGAGCGUGUGUUGAAGGUGCACAACCGGGGAGGCCUCAUCAGCUGCUCCAUCAAAGCCACGUCAGCAGCUGACAUGGAGGCCCGCCUGGCUUGCGGACUGGUGAAGGGCCACGCAUACGCGGUGACGGACGUGCGGAAGGUCCGCCUGGGCCACGGCCUGCUGUCCUUCUUCAAGUCGGAGAAGCUGGACAUGAUCCGCAUGCGCAACCCGUGGGGCGAGCGGGAAUGGAACGGCCCUUGGAGUGACACAUCUGAGGAGUGGCAGAAGGUGAGUAAAAGUGAGAGAGAGAAGAUGGGGAUGACAGUGGAAGACGACGGAGAGUUCUGGAUGACCUUCGAAGAUUUCUGCAAAUACUUCACGGACAUCAUCAAGUGCCGUCUCAUCAACACGUCCUACCUGAGCAUCCACAAGACCUGGGAGGAGGCAGUGCUACAUGGGGCGUGGACCAGAAACAAUGACCCCUUGAAGAACCGCUGUGGAGGCUGUAUCAACCACAAGGACACCUUUUUGCAGAACCCCCAAUAUGUGUUUGAUGUGAAGAAGGCAGAAGAUGAAGUGCUGAUCUCCAUCCAGCAGAAGCCAAAAAGGACCAGUCGCAAAGAGGGCAAAGGAGAGAACUUGGCCAUAGGCUUUGAUAUCCAUAAGGUGGAGCUGAACAGGAACUAUCGGAUGCACACCCUGCAGCAGAAGGUGGCCAGCUCCAUUUACAUCAACUCCCGCAGUGUCUUCCUGAGGACGGACUUGAAGGAAGGCCGCUACGUCAUCAUCCCCACCACUUUUGACCCCGGUCACGUAGGCGAGUUCCUUCUCAGGAUUUUCACAGAUGUGCCUUCAGAUUGCCGAGAGCUGGUGCUGGAUGAGCCACCGCACACCUGCUGGAGCGGGAUGUGUGGUUACCCGCAAGUGGUAUCCCAGAUCCAUGUCCUCGCCGCGGCUGGGCUCAAGAAUCAGGACUCCCAAGGAGGAGCUGACUCUUAUGUGAUCAUAAAGUGCGAAGGGCAAAAAGUUCGCUCUCCAGUGAAGAAGAACACGGUGUCUCCAGAAUUUGACGUGAAAGGGCUCUUCUACCGCAAGAAGCCAGGACAACCCAUCAUUGUUCAGAUCUGGAACCACAACUUAAUAAGCGACGAGUUCUUGGGCCAAGUGGUGCUCACGGGGGAUCCCAGCGACCGGCAGUCCGUGCACACGCUGCACCUCCAGGACAAGGGGAACAGGAGAUCAAAUGAUCUUUCUGGAACCAUCGCUGUGAGGCUGCUCAGCAGUAACAUUCUCACCAAUGUCUAAGUACUCAAAGACUCUUCUUCUGGUGCAACAUAUGUGUAUAUAAACAUGCACACGUACAUACAUACAUAUAUAUACACACAUGCACAGAGCCUACCUACCAUCUGCAAAGUGUAUAUGAACUAUGCAUGCAUUCCACUCAAAGGAGCCAAUCUUAUGUUUUCAAUGUUAAAAAAUGGUGCCUUUUUGGGGAACCGCAACGAUCCUUCUGCUGGCGUCCUCUGCAGCCCCCGUCGCCGCUGCGUGCGCUGGGGGAUCGCUGCGAGCACGCUGUGUGUCCUGACAGCCGGAGCACGAUGCCCUGAUGCUGUUUGUUUACACGGGGCCGGCACGCACGUGCCACCACGCACACGUGUGGCCACCGCGGUCCCACCAGCCGCUUCAAUGCGUCUUCGAUGUGUCUGCUUGGUUUUAGAGUAGCGUGCGUGGAGUCGUCUCCCGUGAAACUGCCCUUUAAUCGCUUCUCUGUGGAGGCACCUCAGCAAAGAAGUGGAAAAACAGAUUGGGGCCUUUUGGAUGUUUUCCAGGUAUGGGUUUGCGUGCUGCAACUGGAAGGAAAAUGCACCAAGGCAGUCCCAAAUCCACAGGGUCAACAAGACUAACAGCUCCAUCAUUUUAGGGAAGAGCUGUCUCCUCCUGAGUCUUGUUCAACCCCACGCAACUGUGAAGGAUGCAAAGAUGCCAACAAAAGUGGUGGGACAACUGUUCUCUGGGGUCAAGUUUUUGAAUCGGUCUGGACUCGGCUCCUGCGUGUGCCUCUCGUACUGCCGUGGUGCCUGCUGUCUCCAUGUCUUCGUGCAGUCCCCGUCCCCAGAGCUCACCCCGGUAGCUGGGGUGGGCUGUCUGCUGGGGCCGUUCGGUGUUUAGAUAAGAGGAGAUCAGUUCCUCUGAAGGCCAAAGCUUCAGGUCCAAGGGAUGGGGAGCUUUGCUCAAUGGGCUCCAUCUAUACUGCUGCAUACAGCGCAUCAUUUCUCAGUGCCUCGCUUUCCCAAAUUGUUUUAAAAAAUAGUGGGAUAUUAGAUUGUGCUAGAGGAGAGAAGAGGAGCACUGCUCCCAGUGCAGCCUGAAAAUGCUGGGAAUAUUUCGUUCGUACCACUGUCCAUCUCUCACCUUUAGUUUCCAGUGUCCUGGCCUGGAGGAUGAGUUGCAGAGUGCUAGAGCCAGUCGCACAAGCACAACCCAAACGCGUCCUUGGGGCCGUGUCUAGGGCCAUGCUCUGCUCCUGUUUGCCGUGAAGACUGGGUUUAUCUUCCUUAUUCCACUGGGUGGCAGAAUCCGGCUUCUUACAAACCAUCCCAGAUAAGCCAAACAGCAAACGCUUAUCUGGCCUUUCAGCAGCUGAUCAGGGCAGGUUUCAAAGCAUUUUUUUUCUCCUAUUGUUUAGGUUGGGUUUUUUUAAUUCAUGUGCCUUUAAAAAUGGUGCAAGUUAAGGGAUUUUCCUGUCAGAUUUUCUAACAAGCAAAUCUUUUGCAGUCGCCUGCAUGCAAGUGGAAAUGAAUAGAUAUGAUGUAAUUUUGUAAUCUUGGUAGAUUUUGGCCUGAGCAGAGUCCUCUGUCUGCAAGGACAAGUGAACAGAAAAGCCUCCUUUUGCUAUAGCAAGUACGGUUUCUGCUUGUCCUACUAAAAGCUCAUGUUUAUGCUGCAAGUCUGUAUUUUCUUUUAAAGUCCUUAAAGAUCUGCUAAGUCUGUAAUGUGAUAAGAUGUUCCCCAAAGUCACAUUACCUGCCAGCUCAAUUCUUGGUGCAUCCAGAAGCAUACGGUACAACUUCAUCGAUUUUUUGCAGGCUGUUUUUCCCCUUUCCUCAUCUUCAGAGUUUGCCUCCUGUGGUUAUGAAUUGGGUUUUUGACCAAAUUGCUUAUUUUCUUUGGUCUUUUUUUUCCAGGACUUAGAGGCAAGCAGUGACCCACAGGAUGCUCUUUCCAGGUCUCAAUUAUUCCUGGCUUGCACUGAGCACCCUCCAACUCCUGGUGCCAUCACUGAGACCUAGUUUAGUUCAGCAUCUUGCAGAAUUGGCUCAAACACUCCUAGUUUGGUAAAGUGACAUUUUGACCCCAAGGUCAAAGCAAAUCCUUGAAUUUGGGCAGACUGAUUCAGAGAUAUUUUGAUUUUAUUCUGGUUUUGUUCAUGGGACUCAUCACUGAAAAUAAAUGGAAGCGGCAUUUUGGGGCUAGAAGGCAAGAUUUAGGUCCUAGGAGAAGAUCUCACAGGCUCACGUUCAGAGUGGCGUGUGAGAGGGACUGUGAUGCCCAAAGAUACCUCACCUGGCAGGGAGAAGAGCUAUUUAGCUAAGGGAGAACAUCACAGGAGCUUUGCGCCAUCAUCAUCAGAUGGGGGUAGCCAGCCUGCCUGCAUUAGCCUUGUUUUCUCAGGAAAUCAGGCUACUGAUAGCUUCAGGAAAUGAGAGCCAUUUGGGCAGGAGUGCCCCAACAUGUGCCAAACCACGCCGUGAUCCCCGAGGAAUGGCGCUGAAGCUUGCUGAGGAGUAGCGGUGCCCUCGUACCCAUGGGCAGCCUCCUUCCUUCCUUCCUUCCUUCCUUCCUUCCUUCCUUCCUUCCUUCCUUCCUUUCUACAGAGAAUCAAGCCAUAAAGAGAGGAAAGGCAGCUUUUUAACAGCUUCUUCUUCAAAAAAAAAAAAAAAAAAAAUCAUCACACUGUAUCAGGACCAAAAUGUCUUAAUAUCAGUAAUAUUUGUCCUUAUUUUUUUCCAAAAACUUUUGACAGGUUAGAGCAGAAGCCUCCUUCCCCCUACAUUUCCAAUAGAAUAACAAAAAUUACCUUUGUUGCUUUUUUUUUUGUCUUGUCUUUUUUGUAGAGCAGAUGGGGGAGAGCAGUUACUGCAAUGCCAUUCCUAAUGUUGAUGCCUUUUCUCUUUGAAUGAAGUAAACAGAAAUAUUCAGGGGUUUUUUAUCUGAGGGGAGGGCAGGUCUGAUAAGCACUUUCCAGUCCCUCCCAGGUGGUGUAGGACAUGUCUCUGAUUUAUUUUCCAUUUCUUUUGUUAAUCAUUUCAAUGGUUGCAAGUAGCUUGCCGUUACACUCUGUGGAAUCCUUUUGACAUCUGCAUGUUAAAGCAGGCUAUGACUUGUCUUCAUCUCCAAAGGCACUGACGUGUCAUGCUGCACAAGAUCAGAGAGUGGUCCAAACAGAAAGCCAACGUUGUACAGCUGUAAACCUCCUAUAAAUAAAUUGUGUAUAUUUUA